UCCCCAUAUCCAGAGAUUUGGAACCAUUGUGACUCUGAUGUUUUUGUACUUGAGACUUAAAAACGUGACCAUCAGACCACAACACAGGCAACAAUGAGGGUCACAGCAGCCAUACUCUGGACAGCAGCCAUGUUGGUGGGACUUCAGAAGAGCGCUUCAUCACCUGACAACUUUGUAGACCGAUCAUCCCAAAACCUCUCCUCUGUCCCAACUGACCUGCCACAGACGACUGAGUUUUUAGACCUCUCCCGCAACUACAUACGUCAGCUUCACAAUGGAGACUUUGAAAAGACCACUCACCUUAGGUUCCUGAAUGUGUCAUGGAACGAUUUGCAGGAGAUCGAUCCACAGACUUUUCUUGACACGCCUCUCCUGGAACAUCUGGACCUGUCGCACAACAAUCUCAAGAACCUCUCAAGUCAACAAUACCUGCUACACACAGUGAACCUCCUGGUACUAAACUUGGCCUUUAACAGAUUUCUUACCAUGACAUUGGGGAGUGAGUUCAGCUCUCUUGUAAAACUGGAGAGAUUAACAGUUGGAGCAAAAAACAUCAGUGUGGGUGACUUCAAGAACAUUGCUAAAGUGAAACUACACACAUUGACGUUAUUACUUGAGGAUGAACUUUAUUAUGAAGCAGGCAGCCUGGAGGAUGUUCAUGCUCAAAGGCUGCAGAUAGCCUUCGGACAUAAUCAGAAAAUUGACUGUAAUCUGACUGCUGAUGCUCUGUCCCUGUUUGCUGAAGUGGAGAUGAUGAAUAUGAAAGAUGGCUACAAAGACCUAAGUAAGCAGCUAAGAGAGACAGUGAAAAUCCGCACGACAAGUUUUUAUCUCACCAACAUAACAAUUAAAUGGCGAGACUUAACCGAAUAUGUAAAUGUGGCUCUAAAUACAACUUUGAAACAUCUUGAUGCCUCUGAUGUGCACAUAAUGCAGCCUCCUCGAGAUGAAACAGAAGUGGUCAAAACAUCACAGGUGAUUUCUUUCACAGCCAGCCAGGCAGUGGUAACAAGUUUUUUCUUCUCACAGGAGGCUUUAUACAACUUUUUCAUCAGCAUGCCAGUGGAGAGUGUUGCGAUUACUGACACACCAAUAAUACACAUGACCUGUCCCAAGUCACAGAGUCCAAUACGCCAGCUGGAUUUUUCUAAUUGUGCUAUGUCUGACACCAUCUUCUCAAGUGUGGUGGAUGAUAAAUUUGUAGAAUGUCAGAACCUGCGUAACCUGAAGAACUUGACUCUGGUAGGCAACAGUCUUAAAAAACUUGAGUUACUGAGCAAUCGUUUUCAAUAUAUGUCGUCCCUGCAACAUCUGGACCUCAGCGUCAACUCCAUAGGGUAUGACCAGUCAUCACAUUGCACCUGGCCGCCAAGCAUCACCAAUAUAAAUCUGUCUUCUAAUAGUUUGACUGACUCGGUUUUUCAAUGUCUACCAAAUGGGACACAGAUACUGGACCUCCAGAACAACCAGAUUUCUGUGGUUCCGCAAUCCAUCUUCAAUCUGAGAAACCUUUCAACUCUGAAUCUAAAUGCUAACCGGCUGCGGGAGCUGCCAGGUUGUGGCACUUUCCCCACACUCCACAAGCUUCUGCUCGGGUCAAAUUCUCUCCAUGCCCCAUCUGUGAACAUAUUGGAAAGCUGUCCCGAACUGCGUACCCUAGAUGUCAGUUUUAACCCCUUCACCUGUACCUGCACUCUCAGAAGUUUCAUAAAGCUCGCUAUCAAGUCUGAAAAGAACAACAGCCAAUCAGGAAUUGAGCUGCUGAAUUGGCCACAAGGCUAUUACUGCACAUACCCCGAGGAUGUUAGAAACUCAACUUUAAGAGACAUCUCGAUCCCAGAGGUUUCCUGCAGCAUUGGCCUUCUAGUGGUUGCAAUUUUGGUCCCAGCAGGGACACUGAUUAUUUCCGUUGUGAUUCUGUGUCACUGUUUGGAUGUUCCCUGGUACAUGGGCAUGAUCUGGCAGUGGACAAGAGCCAAACAUCGUGCAAGAAUGCAACAAGCUCGGCCCGAGGAUCUGGUGGGCCUGGAGUUCCACGCAUUUGUGUCUUAUAGCCAGCACGAUGUUGACUGGGUGCGCAAUUCCCUUCUUCCCAACCUCGAAGGCCCCGCAGGAGGGCUUAGAAUCUGUCAUCACGAGAAACAUUUUGUGCCGGGAAAGACGAUCAUUGAGAACAUCAUCAGCUGUGUGGAGAAAUGCAGGCGCUCUGUGUUUGUCCUCUCUGCUCACUUUGUCAAGAGCGAGUGGUGUCAUUACGAGCUCUACUUCGCCACCCACCAACGUCUCACUCUGGGCUCAGACAGCAUUGUGCUGGUACUGCUUGAGCCUCUGCCUCAAUACCUAAUCCCAUCAAAGUACUACCAGCUGAAGUCCAUGAUGAACCGCCACACAUAUCUGGAGUGGCCUCAAGACAAAGCAAAACAAAGGUUAUUCUGGGCUAACCUCAGAGCUGCCCUACAGACUGACCUGCCAAAUGCUCCAGUCACACAAGUACAGGAGCAUUGGGCAGAGGAAAGACUUGAAGAGGGACAGAGGUUAAUAGGGUAA